CAGAGGACAUGGCAACACGGACAGGUGUUAUGUCUCGGGUUGUCCGCUAGAGGACAGCGCUUCUACACGGUAUUAUGUCAGGAGGAAGUCUCUCUCUCUCUCUCUCUCUCUCUCUCUCUCUCUCUCUCUUUCGCUCUCACACACACACACUGUUGGAUAUAGUGACUAAACAAAUAACAUAAAUAAUGUUUACGGACAGACUGAAGGCUUUUCUGGGGAUUUGCCCUUCUUAAAUGACCGAAACUGAAAGUCCGCCCUCUGGCUGAUGUGCGCAUGCGCGUUGUUGUUCUUCUCCGUCUGAUAUUACGCAAUUUAGGGAGUGCGGUUCUUCUCUCAGUAUCUUCAUGUGAUCACCAGCUCACCAUCAGAAAUGAGAUGAGCAGGUUUUCUUACUCCUAGCUGUGACUCUUUAACAAUAAUAAUAAUAGUAAUAAUAAUAAAAUUCGAUGACUAUAUGGAUUCUUCUCUCUGCCUAUUUAGUAAAUAAGAUAAAAUUCUGAAGGACUUGCUUCUUCCGGAUCUCAAAAAAGAUGGGGUGAAGCUUUAUCUCCAGAAGAUCAGAAAAGUUGCUUCAGAUUAAACUGAAAAAGGUGGAAAAAUACAGUUUCAAGGUCGGAACUGUGAAAGAAACAUCAUACAAAGAUGAGCCCGAGAUGUUUGAGGAGUGGGAGCAGUUCUACCUCUCAGAGCACAUGUUCAUGGAGGUGGUUGGUGUUGUUGAGAAGUUCCACUGUAACUCCCCCAAUGAUGAGCUGGUGCUGAUGCUGUGUGAGGACGGGAAGGUGUUUGCUUUUGAAGGUAACAGGCUGCAUCUUGUUUCUAACAACCUGGAAGAGCUGUUUAAGAAUGGCCUCCAGUUACCAGGAAUCGAACAGUAUUACUGUGGGAAAGCUUUGAGGACCUGGGCGAAGGAGUUGGAGAAUAACUUCAAUUUGUCACACAAUGCUUUCAUCCUCUGAAAGCCACUGAAAUAGUCGCUGAAUGUUUUGGCACUGACCCACCAAUGGAUGUGAAGCAGAAACUGGAUCAGAUGCUGCACAGCAUCCUGUUCUUAUGUUACAUUCAUUCAAGUUACCGCGCAGAAGUAAUCUUUGCUCAGAUGGAAAUAUUAAACAGAACAAAGACAUAUUUCCCAAUACCAUUCGAGCAAUACCAAACCCACGUGGCUCUACAGAAACCUUUCUCCUUCCUCCUGGAACUGGUCACAAAAUGCUAUGGCCAAUACGAUGAAUUCAUAGUGAAGGAUAUGCUGUCUGAAAUAUUAGAUGGUUGUAAAAAAUCAGGUGUUCUAUUCCCUCUGAUUUCCACCGUCAUAUGUGUCUGUAAGAACGUAUGGUCCAGAUACUAUGGAGCGUCUCUGUCCUGUGAAAGUGUCCCACAGAGAGAGCUCAUGACUGCUGUGUCCUGUGUGAAUGUUUGGCAUCCCAAAGUUUCCUCUUCUGUGAUGUCUGUGUUUCCUGACGGCGAUGGAGAACCACACAGAAUAGAACACCCAGAUAGAGUAAAGUGUAGAGCGUAUGCAAUAGAGGGCCUGAGGCAGCUGAAACCACCUUGUGAGACCUGCAAUAAGCUUUAUUCUCUUCCUGGUCACACACAAUCCAAAUCCCCCUGGUAACUGUGCUAAGACAGAGGCAAUCGGUAAUCUCUUCAAAGCAGAAGAGUGUGUGUCUGAUCAGACCACCAUCACUGGAGAUGUUUAUGAUCAUCAGGAGAUUAAGCAAAAUAUGGAAAGUAACUUUAGAAACAACAUGCAAAAACUAAUGAAAAACAGGGAUAGUAAUUAUGAUAUUGAUAAUGUCUAUCCUCCCAAUUAUCCUGAAGCUGUACGAUCAUCUAACUGAAUUAUGCACACACACACACACACA